ACUCUCUCUUAAUCUACACAAAAAUUAUCUCACAAUUUCUCUCUUUCUUUUUUUUUUUUUUUCUCACAAGAGCCCUCACUCUCUUAGCUCUUUUCAAGCUUGCUCUCACUCUUGCUUACCCAUUGCCUUUGCAUGCAUGGGUAUUUAUAGUGAAAAAUCCCAAUCACUCAUGCACCACUUUUCUUCGCUUCAUUACCACCCGUGCCUGAUUUUCUUUGCUCAUUAAAUGGGUCAACAUGUAAUCUUGCAUGAUUUCAACAAAGCAAUUGUAGCCCACAAUUGACUUAUAGGCUGGUGAAGAAAACUUCCACAUGGAAAGUCCACAGGUUCACACAUUGGGUUGGACUUUCUACCAAUAGUUUGCUUCACUUUUCUUUCUUCCAUUAAAGCAGCUUUGUUGCUGCACAUUUUGUGACAUUUUAUUAGAUCUACUUAAUCAAUUUCUCCUAAUCAAAUCGCCUUUCAACGACCCUAUCUGUAUCUGUGAACCCCUCCCUCCAAAAAUGGCUGAUGCUAUACUUUUCUUAUUCCUAGACCAGGUAAAAACAAUCAUCGACAAGGCAAAGAAAGAGGUGAAGCUGCUUGUUGGUGUCGAGGAAGAAGUGGAAAAGCUUGAAAGAAAUCUUGAUCUUGUCCUGAGCGUCCUCGCGGACGCUGAGGAGAAGAAAACAACCGACCAACUUGUCAAGAAAUGGUUGGACAGGCUCAAAGAAGCUGCGUAUGACAUGGAGGAUGCAUUGGAUGAGUGGAAAACUAGAGUAGAGCUGGAAGUGAAAGGAGCCGAAAUUGCUGCUAAUCGUCAGGGGAAGGUACCGCUACUCUGCAAUUUCCUUUCAUGCUUUUCUUUUCGUCGGCUAAGUAGUCGUCAUGAAGUUGCUGUGAACAUAAAGGAAAUCAAUAGAAGAAUAGAUGAGAUCGUAAAGGAGAAAGAUAAGUAUCAAUUGGAAAGUAGGAAGAAUAUUGAACUUCCAAAACGUCCAGAAAGUUCAUCUUUUGUUGAUGUGUCAAAACUAUGUGGUCGGGAUGGAGUGAAGAGAGAAAUAUUGAGUUAUUUGUUGGGAGGGAAUAGUGAAGUGGAGGCUGGGAAACUAAUUCAAACCAUCUCUAUAGUGGGGAUGGGUGGGCUGGGAAAGACAACUCUGGCACAACUGGUAUGCAAUCACCCUGAUGUUAAACAACAUUUUGAGAGUGUAGUAUGGGUUUGUGUUUCUGAUUCUUUUGAUGAGAAAAGAGUUGCAAAAGCAAUCAUUCAAGGGCUUGAAAACCUUAGUGGUAGCGCAGCAUAUGGCCUAGAAUCAGAUCCAUUGGAGGGGUUUUUAGGCUCUAAUCCUAAUGUAGACUUGGAGUCAGUAGGGCAAGAAUACUUUAGCAUCCUAGCAGCCCACUCUUUCUUUCAAGAUUUUGACUUUUGUGAUGGACUCAUAUAUCAGUUUAAGAUGCAUGAUGUGGUACAUGACUUUGGUAAAUAUUUGGCAGAGGAUGAGUUUGCUAUGGAGCUUGUGGGGUUUGAUCAUUGGAGUACAAACUCAGCAAAACAGCGUCACUUGGUAGUGAUGGUUGAUAAAAGGAUGACUUUUCCAACAUCCAUUUCUGGUGCAGAAAAGUUGCGAACUGUUGUAACUUAUACAGGAGAGGAUGCUUUGACUCCGAAUGCAUUGCGUAGCUUGUUUAAUCAUUGCAGACGCUUAAGGUUGUUGGAUUUUCGCAUGCCUGUUGGACGUAAUCAUUUAUGUAAUGAAGUUCCUGAAGAAAUUGGGAAAUUGAUGCACUUGAGAUAUAUAAACUUGGCUGGUAGUGAAAAAUUAGGAAGGCUACCUGAAACACUAUGCAACAUAUUUAAUUUGGAGUGUUUGGUUCUUGCAGGAUGCCAAAAUCUGAAGCAUUUGCCAGACUCGAUAGGAAAAUUACUCAAUUUGAGGAGUCUUCUUACUAAUGGUUGUUCUGCUCUGACUCACUACCCAAAAGACAUUCGCAAAUUGACUUCUCUUAGAAUUGUAGGCGGGAUCAUUGCUAGAGCUGAUAGGAAUGAUGAUAAGGAAUUUAGCCUUGCUGAUCUUGGAAACUUGAAGCAUCUGCGUAGAGUUGGGAUGAAAGUUGUGGGAAAUUCAAUUGAUAAGGAAGAGGCUAGAAAAGCUGAACUUCAGAAUGUGGAGGAGUUAUUAAUAUAUUUGGUUGGAGGAGUCGAGGAAAGUGACAUAAUUGAAGCCUUACACCCACCUUCAGGCAUAAGAUUUGGUUUCAGCGACGACUAUUGGUUCUUUCCGCGUAUCUCAGAAUAAAAAGGUACUCCAUUACCAUUUAUAUCCUCUGGGUUUUUCUAUUAAAAGUGUGUUUAUUGU